CUAUGCACAAGCGAUGUUUACCGCUUCGGCCGGAUCGAAUCUGGGUGGCGAAUUUUCGCACAUAACCUGUACAAACAACAGACGAUGAUAGCAGUACAUUGCGGUGCGGGAAGCCACUCCACCAAGCAUCAUGUUAAAUACAACAAGUUGUGCAGUAAAGCGUGCAGGGCCGGGAUGGAGGUGAUCAAAGCCGGUGGAAGCGCCUUGGAGGCCGUCAGGGCUGCUGUAAUUAUUUUGGAGAAUGAUCCGCUUUCGAAUGCCGGAUAUGGAUCCAAUUUGACUGUGGAGGGUCGCGUCGAAUGCGACGCUUCCGUAAUGAACGGCGAUAAUCUGCUCUUCGGAGGUUGCGGAUCGGUGCCGAAGGUCAAGAAUCCCGUAGCUCUGGCUUACGAAAUCUGUCAGAAGCAACUGGUGGAGCAACCUUCCGGUCUGGUGGCUCCCUCACUGCUCGUCGGUAGCGGCGCCUUGAAGCACGCCCGCUCCAAAAGCCUGAAGAUCGUUAAAAACAAAGACCUGGUGUCACCAAAAGCCGAGCGGCAGAUGAGGAAGUACCUGGGUAUAGUCAACGUGAAGCUGGACACAGUCGGUGCCGUCUGCGUAGAUUCCACCGGUUGCGUAGCAUCCGCCUGCAGUUCCGGUGGAUUGUUGUUGAAGAGUCCAGGAAGAGUGGGUCAAGCUGCGCUGUACGGAUGCGGCGUCUGGGCCGACAGUUGGGCGAAGAAGUCGGAAGAUUCCGUUGCAGUUAGCACCACCGGAUGCGGUGAGCAUCUGGUGCAAACGCAGUUGGCCAAAGAGAUUUCCGAUGACCUGAAGAAUUGCUCGUGUCCGGUCACAGCUCUGUACUCGUCGAUGACCAACAAAUUCAUCAAUUCACGAUAUUUGCAUAGGAUCAAAGAGAAGAACGCAGGGGCUUUAGCGGUGCACGUUUCCAAAACUGGAGAAGGAACCGUCCUCUGGGGCCACAGCACCGAAUCCAUGAGCGUCGGAUACAUGAGAAUCUCGGAUGCUAAACCAAAAACGCUAAUCUCGACAUUUUCAAGUGACGAAAGGGUCAAGAUUGGUAGCACGGUGACAGUGGGCGGUAACAAUUUCUACCUAUCAGAAUCGUCCUCCGACGCCUCUAUGGAGCUGCAAGCGUGAUGCAAACAAGAGACUGGAUAUUAUUAAUUAAAUUAUGUAACGACCUAUA